AUGGCUUCAGACGCUGCUGUUUCAAGCAUCAAAGUGAUGAACCAGGAUCUUGUCAAGUUAGAUCGAUUUGAUGGAACAAAUUACACAGGAUGGCAAGACAAGAUGACAUUCCUAUUGACUGCCCUGAAGGUUCACUAUGUUCUUGAUCCCGACCUACAACCAAUACCUGAACCAACAGAAAAUGAUUCGGAAGAACUCAAGAAGGAGCGCAAGAAAUGCAAGGAGGACGAACUGCUUUGCCGUGGACACAUUCUGAAUACUUUAUCUGAUCGUCUCUACGACCUCUACACAGACAAUCCAUCGGCAACAGAAAUAUGGAAGGCACUAGAAUUCAAGUUCAAGGCUGAAGAGAAAGGUACGAAGAAGUUCUUAAUAUCUAAAUAUUUCGAUUUUAAAUUCUUAGAUUCUAAGCCCAUUCUUCCCCAAGUGCAUGAAUUGCAAGUUCUGGUCAAUAAAAUAAAGGCAGUAAAAAUAGACAUCCCUGAGACCUUCCAAGUCGGUGCAAUUAUUGCAAAAUUACCACCUUCAUGGAAAGGCUACCGAAAGAAAUUGUUGCACAGUUCCGAGGACUUCUCCUUGGAGAAAAUUCAGAAACAUCUUUGA